CUAGGAUAACUACCAUGAAGAUUAUCGUCUUUGCUUGUCUUGCCGCCGUGGCUGUUGCUGCCCCUCAGCUUGAGGAGCGAGUGGUCGAACUCCUUCGCGAUGAGCGUGUAGCCAACGGGGGGGCCCCUUCUCCUAUGCCGGGAAGCCGACAAGGGCACAACACAGCCGUUUCGGGAAGAUGGGCCGAAGGCCAGAUCAAUCAGGGGGACCCUACACGUGACGGCACCAAGGCUUUUCAUUUUCGGGGCCCAACGAAACGGUUCCAGCCCUCCGACAUCCUGCCCACUCCCCAUCCUCUUCCUGCCCACGUCUAUGAGCUGUUGGAAAUCGCUGAGCGUCAGCGCGCCGAAGGAAUCGUGUUCGAAUAAUUGAUGGAACCAGUAAAUGAGAUGAAUGGACUUUGACACGAUAAAUUUUUUUAGCAUAUUCUCA